AUGCGACAAUGCCUCACUCACCCCGAUGGCGGUUACUACACAAGACAAACAUCGACUGGACAGGAUCAAUUUGGCACAAAGGGUGACUUUGUGACAUCGCCAGAGAUCAGCCAGGUAUUUGGCGAGCUUAUUGGUAUAUGGCUAUACGCAGAGUGGCUUGCCCAAGGAAGGAAAGACAAGGUGCAGAUAAUCGAGAAACAGCAAGCAAAGUUGCUGUCUGACACCGAUGAUCUGAAGAAGAGCGACAUUGGUCUAACCGCACAAUGCAAGUACAUGCCUUCCUGCAGGAUCGAGUGGUGUGAAGACAUCAGGCUGGUGCCAAAAGAGCAUACGGCAGCGCCUUUCAUACUAGCCCACGAGUUCUUUGAUGCACUUCCAAUCCACGUCUUCCAGAAUAUCUCUCAAUCUUCGGUGCCUGCCUCAUCGACCAUCAUCACGCCAACCGGCCCUAUCAAACCCAAGCACGGCGUGACAACCCCCAAGAAUACCUGGCAUGAGCUGGUUGUGUCGCCAACUUCGCCGUACUCGGAUAUGGGCGCAAGUGGCCCUUCGCCAAAGAAAGGGGAUGAAAAAUUGGACUUCGAAUUGACCGUUUCGAAGACACCGACGCCACACUCCUUAUACCUGCCGAAGUUGUCUGAUCGCUACAAGAAGCUAGAGAAUACUCCAGAUGCGAUCAUCGAGAUCUCGCCUGAAUCUUUUGCCUACGUAUCUGACUUCGCUGUACGGAUAGGCGGCAGCGCUCCUAAGCCUAGCAACACCUCAGCAUCCCAUACUUUCUCGAGCAGAAGUGCUCCUGUUGAGGAAAGCUUCGUAAAAGCGCAGCCGUCUGGUGCAGCUUUGAUCUUGGAUUAUGGACCUUUGGAUACUAUCCCAGCGAACACUCUCCGGGGCAUUCGCUCACAUACCACUGUCUCGCCUUUUGCAUCGCCCGGUCUGGUAGAUCUCUCGGCUGAUGUGGACUUUCUCGCCCUUGCAGAUGCAGCUUUAGAUGCUUCUCCGGGUGUUGAGGUUCACGGACCCGUUGAACAGUCUUUCUUUUUAUCGACAAUGGGCAUUAAGGAGCGCGCUGAUCGCUUACUUAAGGCUGCUAAGGAUGAAGAUACGCGAAGACGCUUGGAAACAGGCUGGAAGCGACUUGUCGAUAGAGGGCCAAACGGCAUGGGUAAAACGUACAAAGCUAUGGCUAUCGUGCCCUAUAAGAAGCAAAGCCCAGUCCGACGGCCGAUCGGGUUUGGCGGAGACAUCGUUGGCUGA